AUGCGUGAAAUCGUUCAUAUUCAAACCGGUCAGUGUGGUAAUCAAAUUGGUGCAAAGUUUUGGGAAGUUAUAUCAGAUGAACAUGGCAUUGAUCCUACUGGUUCCUACAAGGGUGAUUCUGAUUUACAAUUAGAACGUAUUAAUGUUUACUACAAUGAAGCAAAUGGUGCAAAAUUUGUUCCACGUGCUUGUUUAGUUGAUCUUGAACCCGGCACUAUGGACUCAGUUAGAGCUGGACCAUAUGGACAACUCUUCCGACCCGAUAAUUUUGUUUUCGGUCAAAGUGGAGCCGGAAAUUGUUGGGCAAAAGGCCAUUACACAGAGGGGGCAGAACUUGUCGACAAUGUUUUAGAUGUUGUUCGCAAGGAGGCUGAAUCAUGUGAUUGUUUGCAAGGAUUUCAAAUGACACAUUCACUUGGUGGUGGGACAGGUUCCGGCAUGGGAACUUUAGUGAUUUCAAAAAUUAGAGAAGAAUAUCCAGAUCGAAUUAUGAAUACAUUUUCUGUUGUGCCAUCCCCAAAGGUUUCGGAUACAGUUGUAGAACCUUACAAUGCCACACUAUCAGUUCAUCAAUUAGUCGAAAACACAGAUGAAACAUUUUGCAUUGAUAAUGAAGCAUUAUAUGAUAUUUGUUUUAGAACAUUAAAAUUAUCAACACCAACAUACGGGGAUUUGAACCAUUUGGUUUCGCUAACAAUGUCAGGUGUCACGACAUGUUUACGUUUCCCCGGACAGUUAAAUGCAGACUUACGUAAGCUAGCUGUGAACAUGAUACCAUUUCCACGUUUGCACUUUUUUAUGCCUGGUUUUGCACCACUUACUUCUCGUAAAGGUCAACAGUACCGUUCAUUAACAGUAGCAGAACUAACGCAACAAAUGUUUGACGCUAAAAAUAUGAUGGCUGCGUGUGAUCCCCGACACGGCCGAUAUUUAACAGUAGCAGCAAUCUUUCGUGUUUUGCAGGAAGUAGAUGAACAAAUGAUGAACGUUCAAAAUAAAAAUUCAUCAUAUUUUGUUGAAUGGAUUCCAAAUAACGUAAAAACUGCUGUAUGCGAUAUACCACCACGUGGUCUCAAAAUGUCUGCCACGUUUAUUGGCAAUUCUACAGCAAUUCAAGAACUUUUCAAACGUAUUUCUGAGCAGUUCACAGCGAUGUUUCGACGUAAAGCAUUUUUGCAUUGGUACACAGGUGAGGGCAUGGAUGAAAUGGAAUUUACAGAAGCAGAAAGUAACAUGAAUGACCUGAUAUCAGAAUAUCAGCAAUAUCAGGCAUAG